AUGGUUCCCGUCUGGGCUGCCACCAGUCGCUCCCGUGCUUCCUCAGGCUCCCGCCCAGCCCCAGAGGCCUGUUUCCAGGUCGUGAACUCCGCGGGAGACGCCCAUGGGAACUGCGGCCAGCAGGGAGACGGCAGCUUCGUGCCCUGCGCAGCGAGCGACACGCAGUGUGGGAAACUGCAGUGCCAGGGUGGGGAGCAGAGCGCACUGGUGCCGCACACGGUGCCGAUGGACUCCACUGUACACCUAGGCAGCCGCCAGGUGACCUGCAGGGGAGCCUUGGUGCUGCCCGGUGCCCAGCUGGACCUGCCUGACUUGGGCCUGGUAGAGUCAGGCACCCGGUGUGGACCUAGAAUGGUGCGCCAGCAGCGGCGCUGCCAGAACACUUCCUUCCAAGAGCUGGAGCUCUGCCUGAGCGCCUGCCACAGCCGCGGGGUUUGCAAUAGUAACCAUAAUUGCCACUGUGCUCCGGGCUGGGCUCCGCCUUCCUGUGACAAGCCAGGAUUCAGUGGUAGUGUGGACAGCGGUCCUGUGCAGCCUGAAAACCAGGACACCUUCACACUGGCGGUGAUCUUCAGCUUUCUGCUGCCUCUGCUCCCCGGGGCCGGCCUGGUCUGGUGCUGCUGCCGGCACCCAGGACUCCGUCUCCAACAAUGCUUUUGGGGCUCAAGGAGGGACCCUGUGUGCAGUGGGUAGGCACUGAGGGCUAAGGUUCCUGCUCCCUGAGCCCACUCCUUUGGUUCCUGCUCCUCGGAGCUCUGCUGGACCUGGGGCAGCUGGGGUGGGGUCCUCAGGCCUUGCCCCCAGGUGCGGAGAGGGAGGCAGAGGCCAUGGAAAGAAGCCUUGAGCAGAAGGCCCCAGUGGCUUUCCGGUGAAGCUGAAGGUGUGGAUCUGUGCAGCGCCCUCUACCCUGGCCCGCACGGCUGUGGCUCAGUACCUCUUGUCCACGUCUUCUGUUUCUCCCACCA